AUGCUUCGACUCUCCCAGCUGCCAUGGGGCCUCACGGCUGCCAUUCUCAUGGCAACAUGGCUUCCGCCGACUCAAGUCACAGCAUCUCCCUCGGUCAACGUGGCUCUGAAAGCAGCAUUCCCGUCGCCCCCAUACUUGGUUGAGUUGCUAGAAACAGCAGCUUCCGACAAUACGACAACCUACUUCGCGCUCUUAGACCAGAUCGCUAAUGGCGGCUUUGCGGGGGCCAAGACGGAUCAGGCGCUCUACGAGAAGUUCGUCGAGGUUCUGCAGGCCGAUGGGCACAUGGAUGCGGAGGCAUUGUCCACGUUCAAAUUGGCACUCUCGAUGCGGACGGCAGCGCCCCGGGUCGAGGCACAUUAUCAUUACUAUGCGACGGCGGUGGAACCGUUACUGGCUGAAGACGAAGACGGAUGUGGACAGUGGUUUCUCGUCGACAGAAAGCAAUACUGCUCCCCUGCCCUCGAUGCUGCCCACGACGACGUGGUCGGGGAUUCCCAGGAACGGACACUGCCGUUUGAUCGUAAGCUUGGCGCUGGGCCACGAGACAUUAUCUUGUACGCCGACAUUACGUCGAACACCUUCGGCCGGUACCAUCAGGCGGCUAUGGAACUGGCAAAAAAAGGAGAGGCUUCGUACAGGGUCAGGUACAAGAGAAGUCCGACGCACUCCAAUGAAGCCCUCUCUGUCAAUGGCUACGGAGUCGAACUCACACUGAAGCGAACCGACUACAUCGUCAUCGACGAUCGGGACACGGGGGCCGCGGACGCUCCGGCGGACGAGGCUCAGAAGCCCAUCACUUCUUCUUCUGAGAUGAUCCUCGACGAAGAGGAAGAGAUCACGGAUAUCAAACCUCUGGAAAAGUCCGAGCUCUCCUCCCUGGGCAUGAAAGCCGCGUCGUUCAUUAUGCAGAGCGAGUCGCCAUUCCAGACCUUGCUCAAACUCACCCAGGACUUCCCCAAGUAUUCAACCUCACUUGUCGCCCACAACGUCUCUGCUCAGUUCCAGGCAGAGCAUGAGGCGAACCGGAAGCUGAUGGUUCCCGAGGGCAUGAAUGUGUUGUGGAUGAACGGCGUCCAGUUAAUCGACCGCCAAAUCCAGCCGUUCGGACUGGUGGACCUGCUGAAACGAGAGCGCAAGCUGAUCAACGGCGUUCUCGACCUCGGCCUUACCGGACAGCAGGCCAUCUCCCUGCUUGGCCACCAAGAGGUCGCACAAGCGAAGUCGGAGGAUGAGGAGCCGCGCAGGUUCGAUUGGCGCGACGAGAUCGAAGACGGCAGGGUCAUCAUCUGGCUCAACAACCUCGAAAAGGACAAGCGGUACAAGAGCUUCACGCCGAGCAUCUGGGCUCUGGUCCAGCACUUUGGCCAUGGGCUGCCCCAAGUGCGGAAGGACAUCUUCAACAUGGUCGUUCCCGUGGACUUCUCCAAUCCCAAGGACGUCGAGCUCAUUACCGCGCAGCUCCUGGCCUUCAUGAAACGCUUGGUUCCCAUUCGCUUUGGCCUGGUUCCGCUUACUCCCACGGGCGAGGCCAUUGACCAGGCGAAGGUGGUCUACUAUCUGCUGGAGAACUACGGCCUUGCAGCAGCAACAUCCUACCUGGAGAAGUCGCUUGAGGCCCAAAAGACGGCCAAACCGGACGAGGGUAUCUUCAACGAGGCCAUCAAGGAUCGGCCGCUCCGAGCGGAGUCCGCUCCCCUGGCAUUCGAGGACAUCUUCACAUCGGAGGCACAUGAGAAGCAGAUCCACCUUGCCAAACACUGGGCGGAGCGCCUGCGCGCUGAUGGCGACGUUCCAUCCAUCUUCCUCGACGGCUUUGCCAUUCCCAGAGACGAUUACUGGCUUCGGGCCAUGAACCAGAAGCUCAUGGCCGACCUGCAGGCAGUGCAGCAAGCGGCCUACUUUGGUAUGGUCAACGAGACCACCUGGAUCCCCGGAUAUUUCCUCGAGAACGCCAUCACACGGCGCAACAAGUUCAUCUUCCCCGAAAAUGCGCGCGAUCUUACCGUGCUCAAUGUGAACAAGCUGUACACGGAGCAUCGCGAGGUCUUCGGCAGAGUUCCCGUGAUUGAAGCUGAGGAGGAGUCGACUAAGGAAGACUGGGCGGCUCUGACUGUUGUUGUGGACCUCGAUAGCCUCGAAGGGCAGAAGCUGCUCUUCUACGCGAUCCAGUUCCGGAAACAUCAUGCUGGCAUCCGCAUGGAUGUAGUCCACAACCCCGAGGAUGUCUCCCGUUCUCUGUCGAAGCUCACCCAGCACCUCAAGGGCCGUGAGGACAGGCUGCUCGCUGCCAAUCGACUGCUCGAUCUGGAGACGAUUUUGGAGAGCGCCAUGGCUGAGGCUGAUCCUGCCUACGAUGCUGCUCUGGCCAACUUCCUCGCGGAUGCCAACCUGAAGGCUGGCCACAACGCCUUGCUGCUCAAUGGCCGCCUUGUGGGCCCCAUUAUUUCCGCCGACGACUUCAAGAAGGAGGACUUCGAGCAGUUCCUCAAAGCCGAACGCGCAAGCAGGAUCCUGCCGGUCCACAAGGCCCUCGAGGAUCUGGGGCUGGGUGACAAAGUGUCCAGUCCGCUAGAUGCCGCCAAGCUGACCUCUGUAACCGCCCUGUCGGGCAUCUCGGAUCUUCCGCAGGGCAUCUUUGACUCAGCAUCCCCGAUCAGGACGACGGCGUUCGAGGCGUGGAACGUGACAUACACUUCGUUCCAAGUCGGCGAUGCUUCCAAGGCCACCGUCUUCUUCGUUGCCGUCAUCAACCCCGCCAGCGAGAUUGGCCAGAGGUGGGCCGCUGUUCUCAAUGUCCUCUCGCAACUGGAGGGCGUCCAUCUCCAGGUGUUCCUCAAUCCUGCCGAUGGACUCGGGGAGCUUCCAGUCAAGAGGUUCUAUCGCUACGUCCUCGAGUCUUCACCCAGCUUUGAUGAGAAUGGGAAAGUCAAGGCGCUCUCGGCCAAUUUUGCCGGCGUGCCGCAGGACACUCUGCUUGUCGCAGGCAUGGAUGUCCCACCUGCCUGGCUCGUCACCUCCAAGGUUGCCGUCGACGACCUGGACAACCUCCGUAUCAAGGACAUCAAAGCCAGGAGAGGCACCGAGCACGUCGAAGCCAUCUAUGAGCUCGAGAACAUCUUGAUUGAAGGGCACUCCCGCGAGGUUCCGACGGGGCCUCCUCCUCGGGGUGUCCAGCUCGUGCUGUCCACCGAGAAGGACACGAAUUUUGCCGAUACCAUCAUCAUGGCCAACCUUGGCUUCUUCCAGUUCAAAGCUAAUCCAGGUAUCUACAGCAUCCGGCUCAAGGAAGGCCGGAGUUCGGAUAUCUUUACCAUGGAGAGCGUGGGCGCCCGCGGGUGGGCAGCAGUCCCCGGCGAUGAGACCUCCGAGGUUGCGCUCAUGGACUUCCAAGGCACCACGCUCUAUCCCCGCCUGAAGCGCAAGCCUGGAAUGGAGCAGGAAGACGUCCUCGAGGAGACCAAGCCUAAUACCACCGCGACCGGCAGCGGCGGUGCCAUCGACUUUGUCUCCAGGGGCCUCAAGUUUGCCGAGGGUAUUCUUGGGCGUGGCAAGCCGGCCGCGACGGGAACCAAAUCGGUGUCGGACACGGAGCACGCCGAGAUCAACAUCUUCUCCGUCGCCAGCGGCCACCUCUACGAGCGCAUGCUCAACAUCAUGAUGGUUUCGGUCAUGCGGCACACCAACCACACGGUCAAGUUCUGGUUCAUCGAGCAGUUCCUCUCGCCGUCGUUCAAGGAUUUCAUCCCCACGCUCGCGGCCGAGUACGGCUUCCAGUACGAGAUGGUCACGUACAAAUGGCCGCACUGGCUGCGGCAGCAGAAGGAGAAGCAGCGCGAGAUCUGGGGCUACAAGAUCCUCUUCCUCGACGUGCUCUUCCCGCUGUCGCUCGACAAGGUCAUCUUCGUCGACGCCGACCAGAUCGUGCGCACGGACAUGCACGACCUCGUCACGCUCGACCUGCAGGGCGCGCCUUACGGGUUCGCGCCCAUGUGCGACUCGCGCACCGAGAUGGAGGGCUUCCGCUUCUGGAAGACGGGCUACUGGGCCAACUACCUCAAGGGCCUGCCCUACCACAUCAGCGCGCUGUACGUCGUCGACCUGCGCCGCUUCCGCGAGCUGGCCGCCGGCGACCGCCUGCGCCAGCAGUACCACACCCUGUCGGCCGACCCGCACUCGCUGGCGAACCUGGACCAGGACCUGCCCAACCACAUGCAGUUCCAGAUCCCGAUCCACUCGCUGCCGCAGGAGUGGCUGUGGUGCGAGACGUGGUGCAGCGACGAGACGCUGGCCCAGGCGAGGACCAUCGACCUGUGCAACAACCCGCAGACGAAGGAGCCCAAGCUGGAUCGGGCCCGCCGGCAGGUGCCGGAGUGGACCGAGUAUGACGAGGAGAUCGCGGCCUUGGCGAGGCGGAAAGCCGCGGGUCAGCAGCAGGAACAGAAAGGAGAGGAGGCGGCCGGGACGGAGAGGAAUACCAAGAGUAGAUGGCUCGAGGAAGAGCAGGUUGCGGAGACUGGGCAUGUCAGAGACGAGCUGUAA